GAGAGCAGAGGCUCCUCCUGUUAGCAUCUCAGAUGAUGUGUGAAUAGAAACAGGGCAAGUAUGCAACACAUCAGCGUCACACUACACUUUUAUUCUGAGUAAUACAAACCACAACCAAGAGAAGAAGAAGAGGCCUGACCGAGGACUGACUGUGAGAAACACAACUUUUAUCUCUGUCAUUUCUAUCCAAGGAUGGACAAGGGUGAUAAGAAGACACAGACCUUUGUGUCCACUUUCCGUCUGGCACUCAAGCCUAAACCCAGACCUUUCUGUGAGGGGAAGACAAAAAAAGAGAAUGGACUGGAGACCACUAACAUGAAUUCAGUAGGAAACAACAAACUGGGAGUUUCAUCUGCAACAGAUGCCAGACAGACACAAGUUCAAGCCGUGGCACCACCUCACUUCAAAGAGCUGCUCCAGGACUGCACAAUCUGUGAGGGAAGCGAUGCUACGUUUCAAGGUGUUAUCACAGGAAGUCGGCCUCUGAGCAUUUCCUGGCUACACAAUGGUAAGAAAUUGGCCUCAGGUCAUACUUCCUUCAAAAAUGGAGUUGCCCUUCUGGCUCUGAUUCAGUGUUCACAAGGAAAUGCUGGGACGUAUACCUGCACAGUCGAGAACACAGCUGGAAAACAGUCAAGCAGUGCUGUGUUACGUGUCACAGGAGCAGCAACAAAGGAAAUCCCCAGAACAAGCAACCAUGAGAAGCACACUGAGGUCACAUUCAAGGUUGCGUCAAGUGAAAAUACUCAAUUGUCCCCAGCUUCUAAAGGGAAAAGCCAACACAGAGAAGAAAAGAACAAAGUCUCCACAGAUAUCAGAGAUAACAACCUUCAAACAAAAGUCUCCUCUAGCAAAGGACCCCCUGUGGAGUUUAUAGACCCACCAGAGCAGCUGGAGGUUCGAGUAGGAGAGCAGGCCCGGCUACACUGUGAGUUCAGGAGCAGCUCUACCCCUGUGGCCUGCUGCUGGAUUUACAACAGAGACAAAGCGAUAGUAGGAGGUCCACGGAUAUCUGUCAAGAGUAGUAAGAUCCAGAGCAGUGUGGAGAUCUCUAAGGCCUGUCCAGAAGACACAGGCUCUUACACUCUCAUAGUACGUAACCGAAAAGGCACCGCGCAGCAUACAGUGUCCCUCAAUGUCAUAGGCCGACCUGAUCCACCCGCCUCCCAGCCUGUCAUUUCCAAGCUGUCCACUCAGUCCCUGGUCCUGUCCUGGACUGGCCCGAGCUACGACGGAGGCACAGCUGUGUUGGGUUACAUUGUGGAGGUCAGAGAGGAGGCCCCUCACAAGCCAGGGUGCUGGACUGAAAUAUCAAGCCUUUGUAAAAACACAUCCUACCACGUCCGCUCGGGCCUGGAGCCUCUGGGUCAGUACCGCUUCCGUGUCAGAGCCUACAACUCAGCAGGAGUCAGCGAACCAAGCCAGGAGUCUCUCUGCAUCAAGAUGGCAACUGCGAAGGAAAAGAAGAAGGAAGAGCCUGAGGAGUACGUCACAGUGACUACUGACACGAAACACAAGAUCGCGGACCACUACAAUGUGCAUGAAAAGCUGGGAGUUGGGAAGUUUGGCCAGGUGUUCCGGUUGUCCCACAAAGAGACGGGCCACGUGUGUGCGGGGAAAUUCUACCGAGCCCGGACCUCCAAGGAAAAGAUGGAGGCCCGCAAGGAAAUUGAGUUGAUGAAAUGUCUCCACCACCCAAAACUGGUCCAGUGUUUGGCUGCCUACGACACGCGCUCAGAGAUGGUCAUGGUCAUGGAGUAUAUUGCAGGUGGAGAGCUCUUUGAACGCAUCGUGGAUGACAACUUUGAGCACACAGAGCCCACCAGUGCCCGCUACAUGCAGCAGAUCCUGGAGGGCAUGCAGUACGUCCACAAGCAGAACGUCGUCCACCUUGACCUCAAGCCAGAGAACAUCGUCUGUGUGGACACCACCGGUACACAAAUCAAGAUCAUUGACUUUGGCUUGGCGAGUAAACUGGAGGAUGGUAAACCUCUGAUGGUGAUGCACGGCACGCCUGAGUUUGUGGCCCCUGAGGUGAUCAACUAUGAGCCUGUGGGCCUGGAGACUGACAUGUGGAGCAUUGGAGUCAUCUGCUUCAUCUUGCUCAGUGGAGAAUCCCCCUUCCAGGGGAACAGCGAUGCUGAGACUUUAGCUCUUGUGACUAAAGCUCAGUACGAGUUUGACCAGGAAAGUUUUGAGGACAUCUCUGAUGAAGCUAAAGACUUCAUCUGCUCUAUGCUGAAAAAAGACCGGAGAUGCAGGUUGUCAUGUACCGAGGCCCUCGCCCACCCUUGGAUGGCCUCUUUUACACCUCUGACCCGCAGACCCACUAAGUCACUUAAAAAGGAUAAGAUGAGACACUUCUUGGCCAAGCGCAAAUGGAAGAAAACUGGCAAGGCUGUUUUGGCCCUGAAGCGAAUGGCUAACCUCUCCAACAGGCCAGACUCUCCUGGCAGCUCCUCAGAGGAGCCAGUCUGGAGCCACGAGGCAGAGGAGGCCAUCCAGUCUCUGGAUAAGCAGCUUCAGAGUGAACCUUGCUUCCAGCAGGCCCUGAAGGACACCACCCUUCCUAAAGGAGCAACUGCUCAGCUAAGAUGCCUCGUCAAUGGUUACCCACAGCCGAACGUCAAGUGGCUUCAAAAUAAGAAGCCGGUGCCUGAAUCAAGCAGAGUGACCAUGGAGCAAAAUGAAGACGGGCUCUGUUCUCUGGUCCUGGCUGAUCUGAAACCUUCUGACUCUGGGGUUUAUGUGUGCUGGGCCAGUAACAAGCUCGGGGAAGCAAGGUGCUCUGCCAAACUGAAAGUGGAGAUGUGACCGAGAAGAAAACCAGGGGAUGCACCUCACUUUAAGAUUUCCUUGGCUUGGAGUAGAAUCCUUCACGGAUGGACCGUUGCCACUGCCACACAACAAAUGGCUGUGUUGUGAUCCUCAACCAUCAAGGGGAUAAUGAUAUUUGAACACACAUACCCAGAGUCCUUGGUUUCACAUGCCACCAGUUACAAGCGCACUUACUUGUCUGGUCUGUUUUUCUUCAAUCUGUGUUUCUGAUGUUCAGCUACUGGUGCACAAUAGUAAGUUUUACUGAAGUAAGGUCACAUCAUUCUGCUGCUGCUGAGCUCAGCAGCUUUCACACUGCGUGUCACGUGAAAAUUGUACAUUUUGCACAUUUAAAUAUUGUUGAAGUGUAAAUGAUUUAAAGGCAUUAAAAUUAAAAACUACUUGGUUGAAAGUGAAUGUCUUCAAAUAAUUAUUGAAAGGCAUUCUUUUUUUUUAACCAAACCUUAAAAUUAAUAAGAAAAAAACUCAUGGUUGAAAACAUUUAAUUUAUUGUUCUGUGC